CUGUAAAGGAUCAACAUGAGGGUGAGUAAUUAUUGACAGAAUUCUCAUUUUUGAUCAAACUCUCCCUCUAAUGAUUAGAUCUGAUAGGCCUUCACAGAAGAUCAUAUAACUACAAGGACAUGUACCUGGACAAGUGUGUACUUUGGCUUGUACAGCAGUGUGCAGGUCCUCUAUGGGGCAAAAGGACAGUUUAUUCAGAGGAUAAAUAUCACUUGUGAGAUCCGGCGAGCUUCAGAUUUCAGCUGAGGACAUUAACUGAAGAUCUCAUCUCUUAAACUAUCAAGAACACACAGAGACUGCAGUAGAUCUCCUUGUGAACUUCCCCCAGAUGGCGUCACUUCUGAUGUCCCUGAAGCAGCCGAUCUGCAUCAGCAUGUGUGUUUAUCUAUGGCUGGCGGUGCUCGCUGUAGUAAACACAGAGGAAAUAUCAAAAGCCAGAGAUGAGACUGAUUCUGCAAAUGAAGAAACCUCAGGACUUCACAUCUUAACAUCGAGAAGAGUUAAGAAGAGUCCAGAGAUACUGCAAGUGGCAGCUCUAGGAAGACCUCUGUAUCCUGGUAUGCUUUAUGACGCCCGCAGUGAUUCCUUCAUUCCAGGAGUAACGCUCUGGGAUAAUAAAUUACUGACUGAAGAUCUAAACAGCCAUCCUCAGACCAGAACAGACCUGAAGUUCAGCAGCUCUGACUCUUUCUCAAGCAAAUCCAAUCUUCUGGAUAUCAGUAGUUCCCUGAAGGCCAGUUUUCUGGGGGGGCUUGUUGAAGUGGCUGGAUCUGCCAGAUAUCUGCGUGACACCAAAUCCUCAACCCGACAGUCCAGAGUUACCAUGCAUUACAGUGCAACCACACGAUUCGAUCAGCUCACGAUGAGUCACCUGGGCACCAUCACCUACCCUCAGGUGUUUGAGCAGAAAACGGCAACUCAUGUGGUGACGGGGGUGCUGUAUGGAGCUCAGGUCUUCAUGGUGUUUGAUCGCAUGCUUUCAGAACAGGAGAACAGUGAACACAUUGAGACUGAAAUGAGCCUCAUGGUGAAAAAGAUGACGUCAGUAAACGUAGACGCGGCUUUUAAAAUGACUGAUUCUGAAAAGAAAUCUGCAGAGAAAAUCUCCUGCACAUAUCAUGGUGACAUCCAUCCUGGGCAGAGCCCAACCACAUUUGAGGAGGCAAUAAAGCUCUAUAAGGAUCUGCCAAAUUUGCUGAACCAGCAGACCGCAGUCCCAGUGAAGGUCUGGCUGUAUCCGCUGCAUCUCCUGAACUCAGCAGCAGCUCGAGUGGAGAGAGAAAUCAGUACAGUUGCGGCUUUCACUCUUGAGGGAAUAAUGGAGGAUUUGGCAGAAGCAGAGAGGACUUUUAAUGAACUGUCUGGAAGUAGGCUGGCUAAUAAAUUCAGAGAUAUUCGAGAGCGGCUGAACUCGUUUUACCAAUCGAUGAGGGUUUACAAGUCAAUGCUGCAGAGCGCAGUCGGCCGGGUUUUACCUGCUAUUCGAGGAGGACAGAAGGAGGAGAAGAGUCUGGAGGACAUCCUGAAGAUCCACAGAAACUCUCCAUUUAGAUCUGACCAGCUGAAACUGUGGUUGAAUGAUGCAAAGCAGGAGAUCAGUGUCCUGACUGCUCAGGUCAACUCACUGGAAGGGGUCAACAUUGAAGAGCCAGAGAACGUCUACAGUAGUUCAAGUUCUGGUAAAGUAUUCUGCUUGACCUUCACUUCUCUGAAGUAUGAUGACCCGUAUCUGUCAGCCCUACAGGAGUUUGUGAAAAUGAACAGGUUUGAUGCUCCAGAAGAGGAACAACACCUGGUAUCUGUAGCAUCUGACGGAAAAUGGUUUCAUAACUCUGUUACCAUCGCAAAUAUGAUGUAUAAUUUAAAGGUGUUCAGCUUUUUAAAGGUAUUUUAUUUUACCGGGCUUGUUUUUUCAGCCAUGUCUGAUCCAUCAAUUCCAGGCUCCUCCAUCUAUUUGUUUGAACAAGGGGGACUAAAACAGAAAAAGUUAGAGGAUGAUUACAGGUAUAUAAUAAGCUAGAGUUACCUAGCAGAUACAGUUGAGAGUAAGCUGAGAGUUGGUGAAAGGCAUCGCUCUCUACUGAAAUUAAAGUAAUGCUACUUAAGACAUCACUCUCUUGAGCACAAGUUUUCUCUUGGCUGAUGAGUUUGUUCAACACAAUGUUUUGACAAAAAUACAAAAUAAAUAAAUGGUGUCUAAACUGCC